AUGAAUAAAUAUUCUGCAGGUCCAACUGGAUGUGGCAAAUCGACUUUACUGGAUAUCCUUGCUGAUCGUAAAGAUCGACAAAAUUGUGAAGGUCAAGUACUCAUCAAUGGUUACGAACGGCCUCCUCCUUCCAUAUUUCGUCGUAUGGUGGGCUAUGUUGUUCAAGACGAUAUUAUCAGUGACACACUAACAGUACGGGAAAACAUUGCCUUCUCAGCUAAUCUUCGUCUACAUCCCUCAGUAACAUCUACGCAACGAUUGGCACGUGUUGAAGAAGUCAUCAAACAAUUAGGUUUGAGUGAAUGUGCGAAUACGCGCAUGGGUUCAGAACUAAAACGUGGUGUAUCGGGAGGGGAACGAAAGCGUACUUGUAUCGCCAUGGAAUUGGUUUUGUCUCCGAAGAUUUUGUUUCUGGAUGAGCCGACCACAGGUCUUGAUGCAUCAACAGCUUGCGAAGUAAUGGAAUGUUUGAGAGAUCUUUCACGUAAAGGAUGUACUAUUGUAUUUUCAAUUCAUCAGCCAAGACACUCAAUUUUUGAACUCUUUGAUACCGUCUUACUGUUGUCACAUGGUCACAAUGUGUAUUUUGGCUCAUCCGCUGAAGUUCGUCCUUAUUUUAUUGCAAAAAACUUCGUAUGCCAGCAAUCUGAGAAUCCAGCAGACUUUGCACUUGAUGUGCUCAUUACUGCAGCUCGCAAUAAUCGAACGUCAGAACUCUGCCAAAAGUAUCGUGACUCAAAUAUGCACAUUAGAAAUGCAGAAUACUUAUCAAAUAUAUUAGAUAAUUCACACAUUGCAAUAAAACACCAACAAAAGUCAGCUCGGUCUAUUAAGUCAGAAUUUUUCUAUGUGUCCCAACGUACUCUACGUACUGCAAUACGUAAUUCAGCACUAUUGACGUGGCAACUGGUGGUAGCCAUUAUUCUUGCAUUACUCACUGGUCUUCUUUAUUAUCGAUUGCCACAAACGAUAGGCUCAGGUGUACAAAAUCGUUUGGGUGGCAUUUUCUUCGUUGUCGUGAAUCAAAUAUUUAGCACGGCAACAGCACUUGAACCAUUUAUCAAGGAGCGGGCACUCUUUAUUCAUGUAAGGACAUAUGAUUGA